CCAACCGCCGCCCACGCGAACCCCGACGCCGCCGCCCCUUCCCCCGGUAGUUUCCGCCUCCGCCUCCGACUCCGACUCCUAUGGCGUGCCUGGCGGCGGCGGCGAUGGCGGGGGCUGAGGCGGCCCCUCUCCUGUUCCGCCGGCUCGCCCCGGCUCCUGUCGCCGCGCGCCGCCGCCGCCUGCUGCCCGUGUCCUGCAGAGCUCGCCGCCGCAGUCUCAGGACUGCUGCAGAACUUCCUCGGAAGAGUACAAGUAAUACUAAACCCAAUAAUGAGGUGAAUAUCCAGAGAGACGAAGCAUCUGUUUCCACUGACAAAGAACGGCACGAGAAAUAUGGAGACGAAAAUGGCAUAUCAAACCUUCAAUUGGAAGAUUUGAUACAAAUGAUACAGAACACUGAGAAGAAUAUAAUGCUCCUGAAUCAAGCUCGUCUUCAGGCAUUAGAACAUGUUGAAAAAGUUCUUAAAGAAAAAGAAGAGUUGCAGAAGAAAAUAAAAAAAUUGGAGAUGAGACUGUCUGAAACAGAUGCACAAUUCAAGCUUUCCACUGAAGGGAAGUUAAGCACUGAGAUUAAUGAUUCUCUACCAGUACUGGAGUUAGAUGAUAUAAGGGAAGAGAAUAUGCUACUGAAAGAUGACAUACAAUUUCUGAAAACAAUUCUUAUUGAGGUUGCUGAGACUGAGGACAGUAUAUUCAAAUUAGAGAAGGAACGUGCUCUAUUAGAUGCUUCCCUUAGGGAGCUGGAGUGUAGAUUUAUAGAUACCCAAGCAGAUAUAUUGAAGCCUGGUCCUAGGCAGUAUGAUGCGUGGUGGGAGAAAGUAGAAAAUUUGGGGGACUUGCUUGAGACCACAACAAACAAAGUAGAGAAUGCUGCUAUGGUUCUGGGACACAAUCAUGAUUUGGAGGAUAAGGUUGACAAACUAGAGGCAUCAUUGGCUGAAGCAAAUAUAUCAAAGUUCUCUUGUUAUUUUGUUGAUUGUUUGAAGGGAAAGAUAAAAUCAGUAGAAGAGCGCUUCCAAGCAUGUAAUCGUGAAAUGCAUUCUCAAAUUGAACAGUAUGAGAAUUCAUUAGAGGAAUUUCAUGAUAUUCUUAGCAAACUAGUGGAGGAAACUGAGAAACGGUCACUAGAGCAUUCAGCAAGUAGCACGCCUUCAGAAUUGUGGAGUAGAAUCUCUCUUUUAAUUGAUGGCUGGUUGCUUGAGAAGAGAAUUUCCUACAACGAUGCAAAUACAUUACGGGAAAUGGUCUGGAAAAGGGAUAGUUGCCUUCGGGAAGCAUACUUGUCAUGCAGAGGUAUGAAAGAUAGGGAAAUUGUGGACAAUUUUCUAAAGAUGACAUUGCCAGGGACUAGUGCUGGCUUGCACAUCGUCCACAUAGCAGCAGAGAUGGCUCCUGUUGCAAAGGUUGGUGGUUUGGCGGAUGUGAUAUCUGGUCUUGGCAAGGCACUUCAAAAAAAGGGACACCUUGUGGAGAUUAUUCUUCCAAAAUAUGACUGCAUGCAGAAUGACCAAGUGAACAACCUUAAGGUUUUAGAUGUUCAGGUACAAUCCUACUUUGAAGGAAAUAGGUUCAACAACAAAAUAUGGACUGGGACUGUUGAAGGCCUUCCAGUCUAUUUUAUUGAGCCACAGCAUCCAGCAAAAUUCUUUUGGAGGGCACAAUACUAUGGAGAACAUGACGACUUUAGACGUUUUGCAUACUUCAGUCGUGCAGCACUGGAAUUACUUUACCAAUCUCAGAAGAAAAUUGACAUAAUCCACUGCCAUGACUGGCAGACUGCCUUUGUUGCACCUCUUUAUUGGGAUGUAUAUGCAAAUCUAGGUUUCAACUCAGCUAGAAUUUGCUUCACCUGCCAUAAUUUUGAAUAUCAAGGAACUGCCCCUGCCCAUGAUUUAGCAUGCUGUGGCCUUGAUGUUGAGCAACUUGAUAGGCCAGACAGGAUGCAGGACAAUUCACAUGGCAGAAUAAAUGUUGUCAAGGGUGCAAUCGUGUAUUCCAACAUUGUUACAACUGUAUCACCAACAUAUGCACAGGAGGUUCGCUCAGAGGGUGGACGUGGACUACAAGAUUCACUCAAAGUACAUUCCAGGAAAUUUGUUGGGAUACUUAAUGGAAUCGACACAGAUACAUGGAAUCCUUCAACAGAUAGACAUCUCAAGGUUCAAUAUAAUGCUAAUGAUCUCCAGGGAAAGGAAGCAAACAAAGCAGCUCUCAGAAAGCAGCUAAAGAUGUCAUCUACAAAUGCUUCUCAACCACUGGUUGGGUGCAUUACAAGGCUAGUACCUCAAAAGGGUGUACAUCUCAUCAGGCAUGCAAUAUACAAAACAGCUGAGCUAGGAGGACAGUUUGUUCUUCUGGGCUCAAGUCCAGUAUCACAUAUUCAAAGAGAGUUUGAGGGUAUUGCAGACCAUUUUCAGAACAAUAACAAUAUCCGACUGCUUUUGAAGUAUGAUGAUUCUUUAUCUCACUGGAUUUAUGCAGCAUCUGACAUGUUCAUUGUUCCAUCUAUGUUUGAGCCAUGUGGCCUCACUCAGAUGAUAGCCAUGAGAUAUGGUUCUGUGCCAAUUGUUCGAAAAACCGGUGGGUUGAAUGACAGUGUUUUUGACUUCGACGAUGAAGCAAUACCCAAAGAGCUGCGAAAUGGUUUCACGUUUGUGAAUGCUGAUGAAAAGAGCCUAAGUGGUGCAAUGGAGAGGGCGUUCAACUACUACAAGAGAAAGCCCGAGGUCUGGAAGCAGCUGGUGCAGAAGGACAUGAGGAUAGAUUUCAGCUGGGACUCCUCAGCCUCACAGUACGAAGAUAUCUAUCAGAGAGCAGUGGCUCGAGCCAGGGCAGCAGCAUGAACACUGGCAGUUUACUGAUGCCUCCGUGAGACCAUGAGUCUUCCCCUGAAUCUGAUGCUGGCGCGGCGCUUGAUGCCAAUAUCCUAUCUGUAUCUGUUCAAGCACAGUAUGCACCACUACGCUGGUCAUCUGGUGUGCAAACAUGGCGUCAUCCGCAGCUUCGAUUUUUCGAAUGGAAACAAUAUAUCAGAAGACAUGAUCUGUCCGACUCAGGCAGGAAGCGAGAUUUUCCAUGCUGAGGUUAUACGUGUAAGCACUCAUUCUUGGCAUCCAUGGUCAGUGACACUGUGGACGUAUAUCCAGUUAUACGUGAUUGCUCAGUCGUGAAGUUUCACUAGCCUCGAUACCGUGCCAUGGAAUACGAUGAAAUGAUAAAUUCUGUUAUUUUUAUCACUUGCAGUGUGCUUGGAUAUUUGUACAAAGUUAUAUUGCCCAGAAAACAUCUUGUAUUAAAA